AUUGUUGACAUGUGGAAUGAUCGAACACUCACAUCAUCUCGAGGGUAGGACAUUAUUUUAUUCACGCGAGAUCCACACUCCAUGUGAGGGUCGAUCACCCAUUCAGUCACCAAAAUUUGGGCACUCUGGCAUUUUCCUUAUUAAAGUAGCGGCCAAGUGAUCCAAGAGAGUGAGCAUGGUAGAGGGAGAAAGCAUGGGUUACAGAGGUCUCUUUUUCGUAGUGAUUUUCUCUCUUUCAGCCUUGUCUGGUUUUUUGGCAGAAAAUGAGGAACCAGCAGGGCUUGUAAUGAACUACUACAAAGACACUUGCCCACAAGCUGAAGACAUCAUUAAAGAACAAGUCAAGCUUCUUUAUAAACGGCAUAAGAACACUGCUUUUUCUUGGCUCAGAAACAUCUUCCAUGACUGCUUUGUUGAGUCAUGUGAUGCAUCUCUAUUGCUGGAUUCAACAAGGAGGGUUUUGUCUGAGAAGGAAACUGAUAGGAGCUUUGGAAUGAGAAACUUUAGAUACAUUGAGACUAUAAAGGAGGCCUUAGAGAGGGAAUGCCCUGGAGUUGUCUCCUGUUCAGACAUUCUUGUCUUGUCUGCAAGAGAUGGAAUCGUUUCGCUUGGAGGGCCAUACAUCCCUCUUAAAACUGGAAGAAGAGAUGGUAGAAAAAGCAGAGCAGAUAUACUUGAGCAACAUCUCCCUGACCACAAUGAAAGCAUGAAUGUUGUUCUUGAGCGGUUUGCCAACAUUGGAAUCAACGCCCCCGGAGUUGUUGCUUUACUAGGUGCCCACAGCGUGGGUCGAACCCACUGUGUCAAGUUGGUUCACCGUUUGUAUCCAGAGGUGGAUCCGGCACUCAAUCCGGACCAUGUCGAGCACAUGCUCCAUAAGUGCCCCGAUGCAAUACCGGACCCUAAAGCUGUCCAGUACGUGAGGAAUGACCGUGGCACGCCUAUGAAACUCGACAACAAUUACUAUAGAAACAUAUUGGAUAACAAGGGACUGUUGAUUGUGGAUCAUCAACUAGCCACAGACAAAAGGACUAAGCCAUUUGUCAAGAAAAUGGCCAAGAGCCAGGACUAUUUCUUCAAGGAGUUUUCUCGAGCAAUCACCAUUCUCUCCGAGAACAACCCUCUUACCGGCACACAAGGGGAAAUCCGAAAGCAAUGCAAUCUUGCCAACAAGAACCGCUAAAAGCUUUCGAUGAAAUCGUGCUAGUAGAUGACCCAAAUUUACUAGGAACGUGGCUUAGUUUGUUGUUGACGUAAUUUGGCUCAUCACUUUUUGUCCCUUGUGCUAAUGAGGGACAGUAGAGUGAGAGAGACAAAAAUAAGAUGGUUUUUUCCAUCAGUUGGGAGUGUUUUUAGUGCAACUUGAAUUUGAUUGUGGCCAUAUUAGUGGCUACAACAAGAUGAUGUGGGGAAUAGAUAUGGUGAAUGUUGGUGUAAGAAUUGAUGGUGGUGACGGUGUAUGAUGCAAAAUGCAUGCUUGUGUUGAUAAUGUUUGUUGAAUUCUCAAGGCAUGACUCAAUUCACAUAA